AUGGAGCGCUCCGAGGCCUACGGCUUCUCCGGGGCCAUGAGCGGCGCCUUCCUGCUGUCCUGCCUGCUCUUCGCGGCCAUCAGCCGCCGCCAGCGCGGGCCCUACAUGGACGAGGUGUUCCACGUCCCGCAGGCGCAGGCCUAUUGCCACGGCCGCUUCCUGCAGUGGGACCCCAUGAUCACCACGCUGCCCGGCCUGUACCUGGUCUCGGUGGGAGUAGUGAAGCCCGCGGCGUGGCUCCUCGGAUGGACCGGCAGCGUGGUGUGCUCUGUGGGAAUGCUCAGGUUUAUCAACCUCCUCUUCAGCGCUGGGAACUUCUAUUUACUGUAUUUGCUUCUGUUCAAGAUCCAUCAGAAGAAUAAGGCUGUGUCUGGCUUCCAGAGAAUCUUGUCUACAUUAAUUCUUGCAAUGUUUCCCACCCUUUACUUUUUUACAUUCCUUUAUUAUACGGAUCCAGGUUCAGUAUUUUUUACUCUCUUUGCCUAUUUAAUGUGCCUUUAUGGUAACCAUAAAACAUCAGCUCUCCUGGGAUUUUGUGGCUUCAUGUUUCGUCAGACAAAUAUUGUGUGGACAGUUUUUUGUGCUGGAAAUGUCGUGGCAGAAAAGCUAAAUGAAGCCUGGAAGACUGAAUUACAGAAGAAGAAAGAUGAAAAGAUUUCUUCCAAGAAAGGAUCAUUUUCAGAUUUGACCAGAAUAUUGCAGUUUCUUAUUAAAUAUCUCAUAUCGCCUAAAAACUUACUUACACUUACUGCUUUAACUUGGCCGUACAUCAUAUUAGUAACUGUCUUCUUUGGUUUUGUUAUCAUCAAUGGUGGAAUAGUUGUUGGUGACAGAAGUAGCCAUGAAGCCUGUUUGCACUUUCCUCAACUGUUUUAUUUUCUGUCCUUUACUGUUUUUUUUUCAUUCCCUCAUUUAUUGACCCCUACUAAAAUCAGGAAAUUCCUUCUGUCAUUGCGAAAGCACCCUGUGCAGUACGGCUUAAUCACCAUCAUCUCUUUAUUCCUGAUCUGGAAAUUUACCUAUGUUCAUAAGUAUUUACUAGCAGAUAACAGACAUUACACAUUUUAUGUCUGGAGAAAAGUGUUCCAAAGACAUGAGCUUGUAAAAUAUGUAUUGGUUCCAUUCUAUAUAUUUGCUGGCUGGACUUUUACUGAUACACUAAAAUCAAAAUCGAUAUUCUGGAUCUUGAUGUAUUUUGUGUGUUUAUUAGCAGUCACAGUUCCUCAAAAAUUGCUAGAAUUUCGUUACUUUAUUUUGCCAUUCUUAAUAUAUAGGCUCAAUAUUCCAUUUCCAUCUAUGUAUAGACAACUUCUGGAGCUGGCUUUUUAUAUUGUAGUAAAUGCUGUAACUUUUUAUCUUUUUCUAAACAGAACAUUCCGGUGGGAAAACAGUGAUGAAAUACAGAGGUUUAUGUGGUAACUUUUUUUUUUUGAAUACUUUUACAGGUAGGAAAACCCAGUUCUAUUUCAGGACUGGACUCUGAAGUGAAACAGUAUGUUUUGCAUCAUGCGAGGGCUAAUUUUCCCAGUUGGAAUUGGGGAAGUAAGCUCUUUGCUUAUAUUCUUGCAGCUGAAUGCGAGAUCUGAUAUGUUAUAAUGUGAAGAUACUCCAUACAUUGAAUUUAUGAGAAUUAACAAAUUGAAUAUGAGGAGAACUAUGAGAACACCUUUCUGUAAUAGAUUUAAAAUGAGGGAGAUGUUUACAAUCAUUUUUCAUUAUAAUAAAAUAUUAUAUAACAUGCCUUUGAAGGUAUGACAGUUUAUAAGUAUGUUUCAGAGGUUUCCCUUUAAAAAAAGGAUUUCAAGCAUUAUGUUUAUUUAUCCGUGUGCAUAUUUAUUCUUUGGAUCAGGCCACUUCCUUCUAGGUGUCCUAAUGGUCACGGUAUGAACCACUACUAAAAUACAAUGUUUUCAAAACCUCCUACAUCCCAGUGAAUUUUCAUUACUUUUUUGUCAGUAAAUGCUUACUUUAGUUUUGCAAACAGAAUGUAGGCUCUUAAAUCACUGGAGCUUUUGAACAUUUUAUUUCAAACUGAUAUUUAUAAAACACAGCGGAGGCUGUGUGCAUGUACUUUCUUUGGGGAAUAAAUGUUACUGUACAACAAAAGGUAAAUUGCAGUUGGUAAUGUGACCUAUUAGAAGCAGAGUCAUUUACAUAUGUCAGACGAGUGGUUCCACAGUGGAUUACAGCCCAGUGAAUACUCUCUUAAAUAAUCAGGCUCCUAUGUCCUGUGGUUGUGUACUCAGAAGUUUGUACUGAAAUUGGCUCUGAGUGAGCUCCCAGGUUGAGCUGAGUGUUUCAAAGAUCUUUGAUGUGUAAUCUUCAAGAAAUACUAAUGGCAUUACUGAAUUAUUCUUUGAAAUGUUUUCCAUAUUUAUAUAUAUCUAAUGGGACUUGGGUGUAUAUAUUUUGUUUUACAAAGGUAAAAUACAAUGUGUGUAUCUCUCUAUAUAUCUCUCUAUAUAUAUUUAAAAGCAUCUAGUGUGCAUUAUCAUCAGAAUAAAUGAAGGCUGUAAUGGUUCCUGUCAGUAAAUAACUUUGUUAAGACUCAAAAAUAUUUGAUUACUAAAAUAUGUGGCAGGGGAGAGUGGUGUCCAAAACUUCAGGUACUGUGUAGCCUCUAUAAAUUCAUUAUUUUCCUGUAAUGAAAAUACUGCAGCCAAAUCUAUGCAAGCAUACCAGAUUAUUGCCACUCAAGUCACUCUGGAAUGGGAUUGUUUCUCAGAAGGUCAGUACUGGGGAGUUACAGACUUGGAUCAGUACUGUUAUUCUUUUUUUUUACAAUAUACAAUUUUUUUUACAAUGUCCUGGCUCAAUUCCUUCCCUGUACUAACACUAUGAUGAAUGUGGUGAACUCAGAUUAUCCUGUCCAAUGUCUUUGCAACCUUGUUUCUCCUAAGGAAACCCUAAAACCACUCUUCAAUGAGUAGGUGUGUUUGUAUUGAAUUUGUUUGCCAGCUUACUGUUUGCUUCUUGCCAGCCCGGUAAUUUGUUGCCAAUGUGUGUUCCAUAGGGAAAGCCAUUUUCACUCACUCCCUAUUUGCUUCAUGAAGUUGAGGGGACAACCUGAAAUGGGUUGCUUUUCAAGAAUCCAGUGUGGUUCUUCCAAUGUCCAGGAUAUUUUCUUGUGAUUUUAGUAUGAUGGAUUGGAAGGGGAAGUCUUGUCUGCCUUCUGCUUCCAAUUUUGGUUUUGGAUGCCAUAGAAAAAAAAUCUUAAGCAACGUUAAGAGCAUUUGCCUCAUAAGUAUGACUUCAUUUGUGCCCUGAAAUACUACUACUGAGUUGGAAUGGUAACGUGGGAAGCAUGGGGGUCUGGCUAGCAUUCUGAAUUGUAUUCUAGAUCCAGAGUCUUUUUCUGGCUUUAUGUAGAGGAGCAGGUGUUCAUUCCCUUGGCAAAAAAAAUUUCCUUGCAAAAAAAAUUUCCUUGCAAAAAUUCCUGUGCAUAAAGUCCACAGGUAUUUUGUCCGGGAUGUCUGUUGCUACUUUUUCUGAAUGCCUUUGCUCGUCAACACUGGUAAGAGAUUGUUCACACUUCCUACUUUUGACAGAGAUAGCAGCUGUGUUUCAGGUGAAAAGAACUGGGUUUAAAUAUUUGCAAUUUUAAAGCAUUUCUUUCGUAGAGAAAAGUGAAUGCAAAAAGUCCACCAAAAUUUAGAGCACAAUACCUUUCUAAUGAGCUCCACAUUACAAGACAUUAGAAAAAUUACAUGCAGAGAGAUGUCUGUGACCUGUUGGGGCUUUUUAACCAAUAUUAGAAGAUGGGAUAAUAUUUUAUCAUGAGAUUUAUUACUAUACUUAAUUUAGAAAUACAAUUAUUCUUAAUGUAUUUUGCUAAUUUAAAAGCAGGCUGAGUUGAUAUAAGUUUAAUUAAAGAGGAAUGUCCAUGAAUUACUGAAGUAUGAAAGGAGAAUAUAGAAUAAAACUACGUUCUCACUUUUGCUGAUGAGCCUCAGAGUGUUUGCAGGUAAUAUUCAGUGUUAGCCAAUUCAGUCCAGAAAUCAAGGUGGUUGUAUCGUGAUUACUCAUAAAGAAAGGUGUCCAAAUUCCAUCAGUAUCUUCUAGGACUUUGACAAAUAGCUGUAGCACUGUUUAAAUUCACUGAAAAAUGGAUUUUAAUAUUUUGCUCCUGAAAUAUUUCCAUUGUAGUUAUUUGUAAAUUAUUAGCUGUUUUCCUUAAAGACAGAGAGAAAGGACUCUGUUUAUCCUGGUUUAAGUUGCCAAGGUCUUCUAGAUUCAAUAGAACCUUAAUUGCUUACAUUAGGUUAAUUCCUCAGCAGGUGUCAUUUGGCAAUGAAAUGUCUUACAACAGCAUUAAAAUGAUCAUUUCUUGUAAAUUUUAUUAGUCAGUUAUUCAUUUAGAAUAAAAUGACACUAAUUUGUUGAAAUAUCCAAGGUAAAAACAAAUAGCAUAGCAAACAUUUCCAUAAUGGCUGUUUAAAAAUAAAGGCUCAGGUUCGGUUUUUCUCAGAAAGAAGAUUAUUUUUCAAUAACUGUGGGAAUAAUAAAAACAGCUGAACAGUCACAGCAUGGCUGAAUUGUUUUAAGGUGGGGGAAAAAAAGACAAAUAAUUGGACAAUUUUUUCUUUUAGUUAUAAAUAGGUUAUUAUUCGGGAAGAUAGGAAGUUUGAUAAUAGUUUAUGCCGUGAACUGUAUUUUCUGAUAUUGGUGAGCAUUCUGUAUUUCAUUCCUUUUAAGUUCUUUGACAACACAUGUUCAUGUUCAAAAUUAGCAGGAAUUUUAUACCAUAAGCAAUGCUGAAAGAUUUUUUAAUCUGUUAAUUUUCUAGAGCGUUGAUAGAUGGAUUACUUCUGUUAAAAAGUAGGGGAAGAGUAUUUAAUAGUCUCUGAGGAGAGUUGGUUUUUGUCCUGUUAAUACAGCUCUGAUGGGUUUUGUUUUUCACAAGGUGGCAGUCCUGUGCCGUCUCGUUGGGCUGACCAGCUGCUUAGUGCAACGCUGCUUGAAAUCAUAACUUCAGGGUUUCCAGCAACACUCUUUCUGAGAACUAGGAAGCUUCAAGAUCUCUCAUGGCUGGUUGCUUGUUUUAGUAACUGGUUUACCUAUAAUAUCCUUGGGUUUUUUAAAUAUAUAUUGUAUGUUAAGUUUUAGUAGAAGAACAAGUUUUGCUCAUCUUUAAAUUGUCUUAUUUUGACAUUUUUUUCUGUUUGUUAAACUUUCAGGUCUGGUGUGAGAGAGCAAAAUGAAACUUGAAAGCUUACUGUUGAAAAGUGUCAUUGUUUUAAACAGUGUAGUUCCUUAGAAAGUUAGCAGAUUUCCCUUUACUGCUUUAUUAUUAAAUUUCAUAGCAUUCUUACUUUC